AUUGUGUGGUUGAUAUAUUGAUAUAUUGAUAUCUCGAUAUACAAAAUAUAUAUCCUCAUGUCGAAGCUCUCUCCUGCGCUGAAGGCCCUCAUCGCCGCUCCCUUCGCGCGCCCCAACACCCUCCCCGCCCCGCCGCACAUCCGCUCCGUGUAUGAGCGUCUGCGGACUGAGGCCGCUGCGAAGAAGGUCGGGUCGGCGCCAUGGCUGGCUCUCUCUACGGCGACCACGAUGACUAUGAACUCCCCCGAUGCCCUGACGGAGCUGUUCAGCCUGGCCACGUCCAAGGCCGACAAGGCGCAGGCGGUGCAGACCGCGGAGCUCAUGCGUGAGAUUGGACUGAAAUGCAUUGGCUUCAAUGGCGUCCCGCGCACCAUCAACUGUCUGAAUGCCUUCCGCGCCGCUCUCCCGCAAGACAUCGUCUCCGCUCUCUCCACAACGCCUACUCGCACCCCCACAACCGAGAACAUCGCCUCCAUCAUCGCCCGCGGCCAAUCCCUCUGGACAUCAAUCUACCGGCCCUUCGACACCAAAUUGUACGACAAGCUCGCCGCCUCGCACCCCGACCUCCCAGUCCACAUCCUAAACCACGAGUACGGCGCGCUGUUCGCCGACCCUCCGGGCCGCGAUCCGCAAAUCGCCGUGGGCCGCGUCUUGACGUCCGUCGUGGCGGUCGCGUGCCUGCGCGCCCAGACGGGCGUCGCACCCCAGGUCAUCAGUCAUGUGUUUGGACUCCGGAAAGCGUUCCAGGAUGGCUCAGCCGAGGCCGAGGGAGAGGCCGCAGUCGAGGGAGGUGAGUGGUUGGCGAGUGAUGAGGGAAAUGUGUGGUUGUUGCAGAGCGUGGAUAGCAUUGUAGAGGCGUUGGGAGAGGGGAAGGGGUCGAGCUUCGCGCCGGGGUUGGCCAAGUUGUAGAUGUUUGCGGGAUGAUGUGCUUUUACGGGGAUUGACUUUCAUAGGACGAGCUUCCUGUGGAUAGGCAGGUAUGUAUAUGUAUGCGUUUGAGAGCAGAUGGACGGUAUAGAUCCAUCUCUGCUAUGAUUGGUCAUGAUCUACAUAUUUCAGCCCUAUAGACCGGAAUUUAAAUAUCUACAUAUGUACAACUCUAUCCCGCAGCACGCUCUAUCGCAC